AUUUAAUAUAAUUAAGAUAAAGAUUAGGUUGUUUCGGUUAUUUUCAAUAUUUUUUUAUAAUGUUAAAUAUUUUUCUAUGUGAAAUUCUAGAUUAUGUAUUUUUUGAAAUUUUAUUUCAAAUGUUUGGAUGUCUAUUUGGUUUUCUGUCAAUUUUAGUUUUUCGAAACUAAGAAAAUAAGAACCAUUAGUUGCGAAUUUCGUUACGGUUCUUUUGAUUUGGUUCGGUUCUUUGGGAUUCAGAUAAAACAUCUGGUCUGUCCAAAAGUGGGGUCAUACAUUAAGUCUGUCCAAAUGUGGGUCAUACAUACAUAAACGUUAAAAUGGCUUAAAAGAAAGCUCAAAAGGCAUCGACUGGAUCAUGCCGACACGUGAGCCUUAUUCACUAGUAUCUCUCAAUUAAAAGGGUCUAAAGUUUCAUCAUUACAAGAAGUUUAGGGGUAAUUUCAUAAUUUGAAAAAUAAAAUAAUUAUAGCAACCGAAAUAAGUGGACAGCGAUCAACAACAGUCCAAGUUUACGCGGGAGAGUUGCCAAACAAUGAUUGGAAGCAAAAGGUCAAAACCAAAGUCAUAACAUAACCUCCCCCAAUAACAUCACAAUUAAUCUUAAUUAAUUAACUAAUCUCCCUCGAUAAUCCAACGCGCUUCCUCCGGAUCUCACAUAAUCCUCACAGCUCAAACCAAACCAAAAAAAAAAUGUGAUUCGAUUUUUUUCCUUUUCCCCUCAGAAGAAAAGACGAAACCGGAAUAAGAUGGCGAACAUCGCCCGACAAUUCUCAUCCGCCUCCCUUCGCCGCACGCUCAGCCGCCAGUUCACGCGCCAGUCAUCCCACGAUCCUCGCCGCAACAACAUGCGGUUCAGCUUCGGGCGCCAAUCCUCCCUCGAUCCGAUUCGCCGGAGCAGUACUCCUGAAGAAGGCUCCAACCGUCCUCCUCAUCAGCUCGCCGUCCCCGAUAACCUCGACGCUACUAUGCAGCUCCUCUUCGUCGCAUGCGGAGGAGACGUCGAAGGUGUUCGGGAUCUGCUCGACGAAGGUAUUGAUGUUAAUAGCAUCGAUCUUGAUGGUCGUACGGCUCUUCACAUCGCUGCUUGUGAAGGACACGUUGAGGUUGUGAAGCUUUUGCUGACGAGGAAGGCUAACAUUGAUGCUCGUGAUCGUUGGGGAAGCACGGCAGCUGCUGAUGCUAAGUACUAUGGGAACAUGGACGUUUACAACAUUUUGAAAGCCCGUGGUGCCAAAGUUCCGAAAACUAAAAGGACACCGAUGGUUGUGGCGAAUCCUCGUGAAGUUCCUGAAUACGAGUUGAAUCCACAAGAACUUCAGGUUCGGAAAGCUGAUGGUAUCUCAAAGGGAAUAUAUCAAGUGGCUAAGUGGAAUGGGACUAAGGUAUCUGUAAAGAUACUUGAUAAGGAUCUCUACAAGGAUAGUGAAACCAUAGAGGCCUUCAAACACGAACUUACUUUAUUAGAAAAGGUUCGUCAUCCUAAUGUUGUGCAAUUUGUUGGAGCUGUUACUCAAAACGUCCCCAUGAUGAUUGUGUCUGAGUAUCAUCCUAAAGGUGACCUUGGGAGCUAUCUUCAAAAGAAAGGACGACUUUCUCCAUCCAAAGUUCUAAGAUUUGCCCGCGAUAUAGCCAGGGGAAUGAAUUAUCUUCACGAGUGUAAGCCAGAACUAGUAAUCCACUGUGAUCUAAAACCCAAAAAUAUUAUGCUCGAUAAUGGAAAACAUUUGAAGGUGGCGGGAUUUGGAUCUAUAAGUUUUUCAAAGCUAUCAUCUGAUAAAUCAAGACUCCUCAAUCACGGGGCACAUAUAGAUCUUUCAAACUACUGUGUGGCGCCUGAGAUUUACAAAGAUGAAAUAUUUGACAGAAGUGUGGAUUCAUAUUCUUUUGGUGUCGUAUUAUAUGAGAUGAUUGAAGGACAACCUUUCCAUCCCAAACCCCCAGAGGAGGCAGUGAAGCUAAUGUGUUUGGAAGGAAGAAGACCUUCGUUUAAAUCCAAGUCUAAAAAUUGUCCCCAAGAAAUGAGAGAAUUGAUUGAAGAGUGCUGGGAUGCGGAAGCUGUUGUUAGACCGACAUUUUCUGAGAUCAUAGUUCGAUUGGAUAGGAUCUUUUUACACUGCUCAAAACAAGGGUGGUGGAAAGAUACAUUCAAGUUUCCUUGGAAAUAGUAGAGAGAAGCGGGAGAGGUUUAACUCAGAAACUCAAAGAACUCAGCAAUUCAAGUGCAAUAAAAACGGUACAAAGAAUACAAAAAGAAACGGCGUGCCCUCUCCCAUUUGUCUAUGUCUUGUUGUGUAAGAAAAUGUAUUACAUCGGAAAGUACUUCAUUGAGCUAUAUAUAGACUUCUCUAAUGCACAGAACUGAGCAUUACGAAAAUUACAAUGUAUCAUAUUCAUACAAGUAGCACGAAAUCUUUUCAUU